AUGACCAGGGCGCAGCUGACGCGGACGGGGAUCCUGCGGAUGGCGCUGGGCGGCGGCGGCGCCGCCGACCCGCUGCUGCCGGCGGAGGGCGGCGGGGGCCGGCGGGCGCCCUUCCUGCUGCGGGCCCUGCGCAUCGCCGUGGUGGUCUGCCUCUACUGGUUCACCUCCAUCGCCAUGGUCUUCCUCAACAAGUACCUGCUGGACAGCCCCUCGCUGCGCCUCGACGCCCCGCUCUUCGUCACCUUCUUCCAGUGCGCCGUGACGGCCGCCCUCUGCCUGGGCCUCAGCCUGGGGGCGGCCUGCGGGCCCCCCUGCCCCGGCCUGCCUGCCCUCCGCCUCGACCCCAAGGUGUCCCGCAGCGUCCUGCCCCUCUCUGCCGUCUUCAUUGGCAUGGUCACCUCCAACAACCUCUGCCUCAAGCACGUCGGCGUGGCCUUCUACAACGUGGGGCGCUCCCUCACCACCGUCUUCAACGUGCUGCUCUCCUACCUGCUCCUCAAGCAGACCACCUCCCUCUACGCCCUCCUGGCCUGCGGAGUCAUCAUAGGUGGCUUCUGGCUGGGUGUUGACCAGGAAGGAGCAGAGGGUACUCUGUCGUGGACAGGUAUAUUCUUUGGGAUCUUAGCAAGCCUGUGUGUCUCACUCAAUGCCAUCUACACCAAGAAGGUGCUGCCGGUGGUGGAUGGUAGCAUCUGGCGCUUGACCUUCUACAACAACGUCAAUGCUUGUGUCCUGUUCUUCCCCCUCAUGAUGCUGAUGGGCGAGUUUCGCACCCUCUACCACUUCGACAAGCUGGGGAGCCUCAGUUUUUGGGGCAUGAUGACCCUGGGGGGAGUGUUUGGCUUUGCCAUUGGGUAUGUGACCGGACUUCAGAUUAAGUUCACUAGCCCACUCACCCACAAUGUGUCUGGGACAGCCAAGGCCUGUGCCCAGACAGUGCUGGCUGUUAUCUACUUUGAGGAGACAAAGAGCUUCUUGUGGUGGACAAGUAACUUGAUGGUUCUGGGGGGCUCCUUUGCCUACACGUGGGUGAAAGGGCUGGAGAUGAGAAAGGUGCAAGAGGAUCCUAAUGUCAAAAGCGGUGAAAGAAAUGAGACUGGUGUGUAGGGAGCUCCUGCACCUCCGUUUCUGUGCCCGAGGGGUUAACUUUUGGUGCCCCUUUCCUCCUGGGGAGAAGAAGAGCAAGAAGCAGGAAAAAAUUCACCUGCAAAAGUGUAUGGGGAACUGUGUCAGGAACCAGAGCCAAAGACCUGACUGGAUCACGUUUUAUCCCUGUAUCGGAGUUGGGGAGAGCAUGUGUUGUAGAGAGCAAUCAGGUUUUUUGUGACCGUUUUUUUAAAAUGGAUGUUGCUGUUGACCUAAUCUGGGCAAUUUGCAUCUCUGGGAUGGGUGGGUUCCUAGUGGACAAAGACUGGGAUGGGAGCUUUGUGUAGUUAGGGAUCUAAAAUUAACUGAAUGAACACAGUCUGAAGUUAUAAAAUCCUGAACUUCCGUGUAAGGAAGAGGCAGGUAGCCAGGCUGUUGAG